CAGUUUCGUGUUCUUCAUCCUCGUUCCUUCUGCCGAUUGGUUUCCUCGCCAUGUCUCCCAUCUCGGGGCUGACGCUCACUGACUUCGAUCGAGAUCGACAGGAUGUGGGGUGCUGCAGUUGCCUAGGGUUUCUUAGGAAGCCCGAUACCGAGUUGGAUUCGUUUCUCGGGGAGGGAUACUAUUGUGAUGUGGAGAAUGGAGGGCAUCUCUGCGGGGACCAAAGGAGGAUCCCCGGAAUGCCCAGGGACGAUCGGGUAAUUUGCAGAGAGGUUCCGGUGAAGUUGACGGCCCAAUUGACGAUGGGUGAGGAUGAAGAUGGGAAAAAAAUGCUUAAUGAGUAUGUUAGAGAAUGUAAUAUAGGCCGUGGAAGCUAUGGCAAAGUGGUUUUGUAUAAAAAAAUAACUGAUGGGAAGAAGUAUGCGAUCAAGGCAUUUUAUAAGUCUCGCUUGUCCAAAAUCCGUGUGACAUCUUUCGAAACAGCCUGGACGGAUGUUCUUAGGGAGGUGUCCAUCAUGAAGACUUUGGAACAUCCAAAUAUUAUAAAUCUAAUUGAGGUGAUUGAUGACCCAGAUUCAGAUCGUUUUUUUAUGGUGCUAGAAUACGUGGAGGGAAAAUGGAUUUGUGAUUCCUCUGGACAAUUUGGUGGGAUAGGAGAAGAAACCUCUAGGAAAAGAUUGCGGGAUAUAAUAUCUGGGCUCAUUUAUCUGCAUGCUCAUCGUGUUGUUCAUGGGGACAUCAAACCUGAAAAUCUUCUGGUAACAAAAAGUGGAACUGUGAAAAUUGGUGAUUUCAGUAUCAGUCACGCAUUUGAGGAUGAUAAUGAUUUACUCUGGAGAUCUCCCGGGACACCUGUUUUCACCGCACCUGAAUGUUGUAUUGGUUUAAACUACCAUGGCAAAACAGCUGAUGUGUGGGCUGUAGGUGUUACGUUGUUCUGCAUGAUUUUUGGUCAUUGCCCAUUUAUUGGAGAGAGCUUACAGGAGACUUAUGACAAGAUAGUCAAUAGUCCUUUACAUAUUUCCGAAGAUUUAGAUCCUGAACUAGAGGAGUUACUUCAUGGACUUCUUUGUAAGGAUCCAAAUCAAAGAAUGACACUGGAAUCCGCAGCUCUACACCCUUGGUUAACCAGAGAAACUGAUCCUAUUUCUCAGUCAUCAUACAAAUGCAGGUGUGGUAGUUUGAUGUGGAACAAUGCUGGCGGCAACGAAGGCUCGCCCAGAUGAUAUUUUGAAGUUCUUACAGCUAAAAUAAUUGUAUAAAUUUGAAGAUAGAUGCGGCAGCACAGGAGUUGUUCUUCGUCUCACCUAAUUUUGACGCCACGAACCGAUUCAAGGUACCGUCAAUUCUUAUUUUCCUUACCUUGAUGAGACUGUAAGCAGUGCAACCAGUGCUUGUGUGGAGGUUGGCUUUUGUGCUCCUGUGUUUAAUCUUUGCAUAAUUUAUAGGGCUCAUUUAUUGGCAUCCAACUUAAGUUU